AUGGCCACGGCCUCCGGGGUUCUCCCGGCCCUGGCUGGCUGGGCUGCGGGGGAGCGUGGGGAGAUUAUCAGAGUGAAGGUUAAAGAGGAGGACCACGUUUGGGAUCAGGAGUCCUGCUUGCACAAGAAUGUGUCUCUCACCCGGGAGCUCUGCCGCCUGCGCUUCCGGCAGUUCUGCUACCAGGAGACCCCGGGGCCCCGCGAGGCGCUGAGCCGGCUGCGGGAGCUCUGCCGCCAGUGGCUGCGGCCCGAGACGCACAGCAAGGAGCAGAUCGUGGAGCUGCUGGUGCUGGAGCAGUUCCUGACCAUCCUGCCCGAGGAGCUGCAGGCCUGGGUGCGGGAGCAGCAGCCGGAGAGCGGGGAGCAGGCGGUGGCCGCGCUGGAGGACCUGGAGAGGGAGCUGGAUGAGCCUCGACAGCAGGUCCCACAGCACACAGAUGGGCCAGAAAUUCCUGUGGAGGAAAUGACUCCUAUGGAGACCGUGAAGGAGUCCUUCGGUGCCCAGCUCCAGCGUGUGGAAGACGGAAUGGAAUGUGACUCUCCAGAGCCACACCAGUCACUGCAGGACAGUGGGUCAUUCUUGUGGCUUUCCAUGAUGUCUCAAAGCAUGGGUGAUGAUAACCCCAGUAGUUUAGACACUAAUGAACCAGAAAUUGAACCAGAAAACAUGAGAGAGAAGUUCUUCAGAAGCUUAGCAGUGUUACUGGAAAACAAAAGUAAUAAUACCAAGAUAUUUUCUAAAGCAAAGUACUGUCAGUUAAUAAGGGAAGUGAAAGAGGCAAAAGCGAAGGCAAGAAAGGAAUCUGUAGACUAUCGUCGCUUAGCUAGGUUUGAUGUGAUCCUCGUGCAAGGAAAUGAGAAGCUGAUUGAGGCUACAAAUGGGGAAACAGACAAAGUGCGGUAUUACUUACAUAGCGAGGAGUUAUUUGACAUUCUGCAUGAUACCCAUCUCAGCAUUGGACAUGGCGGGCGUACCCGCAUGGAGAAAGAGUUACAAGCAAAAUACAGGAACAUCACAAAGGAAGUUAUAAUGCUAUACCUGACACUCUGUGGAGCAUGCCAACAGAAAAAUGUGAAACUCAAGAAAGUUCUAACAUCAAAGCCAAUGAAGGAAGUGAAUUCGAGAUGCCAAGUGGAUCUUAUAGACAUGCAGUUGAAUCCCGAUGGGGAGUAUAAAUUUAUUAUGCAUUAUCAAGACCUUCGUACAAAGUUGAGUUUCUUGCGGUCACUAAAAUCUAAAAAGCCUAAGGAAGUUGCACAUGCCCUUUUAGAUAUUUUUACAAUUAUUGGAGCACCCAGUGUCCUACAGUCUGACAAUGGGAGGGAAUUUUCAAGCCAGGUUGUCCGUGAACUCAGUAAUAUUUGGCCAGAAUUAAAAAUUGUCCAUGGGAAGCCUCUACCUUGUCAAAGCCAAAGUUCUGUGAAUCAAACUAAUGAGGAUAUUCAAACUAGGAUUAUCUCCUGGAUGCAAACUCACCAAUCAUCACACUGGGCUGAAUUUUUGUGGUUCAUUCAGAUGACCCAGAAUCAGCCCUAUCACCGAGGCAUGCAGCAGACUCCACCUGAAGGCACCUGGGGCUCUGAAGCUAAACUAGGCCUGUGUCAUUCCCAGUUACCCGAAGACCUUCCUGCUAGCCUGAGUCCAGAAAACGGAUCAGAACAAAGUGCAGCAGGAGCACAGUGUGAAGAGAACAUGGAGACUGGCAUGGACAGCAGUGACCUUGAAGACCAUCUUUCUAUUCCUCCCACCGGGGCCGUGAAGAAGCCUCCUGAAAACAGACUAAGAUUCAUACCCUGUGUGGUGUGUGAGAAGGAAUGCUCGGGUGCUCAUAGUUGCGUAUCGUGUGAUGGAAACGUCCGUGCGGUGUGUGGAGUGCCCCGGCAGCAAGACCCCGAGGACUGUCAUCACAGAAUGACGUGCAGCCUCUGCUACGAGACCACAACAAUGAAAAGGAAGCAUGACGAGGCCCAGAGAAGUUUGACUGGUCAGCCUUUCAAAAUGCUGAAGCCGUCAGAGACGCCAUUUCCCUCAGACGACGUAGGAGAUUGGAUGGCGAAACAAGCCUCACUAGACUUUUUUGUCAAGAAAAAACAUACCUUUUCUGAAUAUAGCAGCCGUACUAAGAGAAAUGGUAACAAUGGAAGUCGCCCAGAGCAGGGGAAAACCAGAAGAGUUCACACAGGUUUUACUCGGAAGUAUGACCCCUCGUAUAUUGAGUUCGGGUUUGUAGCCGUAAUCGAUGGCGCAGUGCUGAAGCCGCAGUGCAUUAUAUGUGGAGACAUCCUGGCCAAUGAAGCCAUGAAACCAUCGAAGCUGAAGCGGCACUUGUAUUCAAAACAUAAAGAGAUAAGUUCGCAACCGAGAGAAUUCUUUGAGAGAAAGAGCAGUGAAUUAAAAAGCCAGCCAAAGCCGGUGCUGAAUGUUUCUCACAUAAACAUCAGUGCUCUGCGGGCGUCCUACAAGGUGGCGCUCCCGGUCGCCAAGUCUAAGACGCCGUACACGAUCGCGGAGACGCUGGUGAAAGACUGCAUCAGAGAAGUCUGCCUGGAGAUGCUGGGUGAGUCCGCAGCCAAGAAGGUGGCCCAGGUGCCGCUUUCCAACGACACCAUAGCCCGGCGCAUUCAGGAGCUGGCGAGCGACAUGGAGGACCAACUUGUAGAGCAAAUAAAAGCAGCAAAGUACUUUUCGUUGCAGCUUGAUGAAUGCAGAGACGUUGCUAACAUGGUCAUUCUUCUGGUGUAUGUGCGGUUCGAACAUGAUGAUGACAUAAAGGAAGAAUUCUUCUUUUCAGCCUCUUUACCGACAAACACGACUAGCGCGGAGCUGUAUGAAGCUGUGAAGAAUUACGUUGUCAACAAGUGUGGUCUGGAGUUCAGGUUUUGUGUGGGAGUGUGUUCUGAUGGCGCGGCGUCCAUGACAGGAACGCGUUCUGAAGUGGUGACCCAGAUCAAGGAGCUGGCCCCAGAGUGCAAAAUAACACAUUGCUUCAUUCAUCGAGAAAGUCUGGCCAUGAGAAAGGUGUCCGCGGAGCUAAACAGUGUGCUCACUGACACGGUAAAAAUCGUGAAUUAUGUCAAGUCUAACGCGUUCAAUUCCAGACUGUUCUCUUUGUUGUGCGACAACAUGGAGGCUGACCACACGCAGCUGUUGCUGCACGCCGAGAUGCGCUGGUUGUCUCGGGGAAAGGUUCUGUCGAGAAUGUUUGAAAUACGAAAUGAACUCCUAGUGUUUCUGCAAAGCAGGAAGCCAGUUUGGUCCCAGCUUUUCAGAGAUGUGAAUUGGACAGCCGGACUUGCUUAUUUAUCUGAUAUAUUCAGUAUUUUUAAUGAUCUUAACGUUUCCAUGCAAGGGAAGAAUGCAACCUGUUUUUCAAUGGCUGAUAAGAUUGAAGGACAAAAACAGAAAUUAGAAGCCUGGAAAAACAGAGUUUCUGCAGAUUGCUAUGACAUGUUUCAUAAUUUAACAACAGUGAUCCAGGAAGCAGGUAAUGACCUUGAUGUUGUCCAUCUGCGGAAAGUUAUCAGUGAACAUCUUACGAAUCUGUUGGAUUGUUUGGAAUUGUAUUUUCCUUCAAAAGAAGAUCCACGUGUGGGAAACUCGUGGGUCCAAAACCCAUUUCUUCCGCCAAAAGAUAAUUUAGAUUUAACUGUAACCCUGCAGGAUAACUUGUUGAAGCUGGCUGCUGAUGAAGGAUUGAAAACGAAUUUUGAAAAUACAGCAUCGCUUGCUUCAUUUUGGAUAAAAGUUAAAAAUGAGUAUCCUGAACUAGCUGAGGUUGCUUUAAAAUCCCUCCUUCUGUUCCCCUCAACAUCCCUCUGCGAGACUGGGUUCUCCACUCUAAGCGUUAUUAAAACAAAACACAGGAACAGUUUAAAUAUCCAUUAUCCCCUGAGAGUAGCGUUGUCAUCAAUCCAGCCGAGGUUAGACAAAUUAACAAGCAAGAAGCAAGCUCACUUAUCCCAUUAAGAACUUGAGUUGUCCAGGCAGAGCACGCACUUACACAUCGCGGAACAGGAAAGGCUACGAUUAAAAUAACAGUUCUCUGUGUAUAUUGUCUAUAUGUACACUUUCAGUUAAAUGUAUAGUUUUUAUAAUUUUUUUAUUCUUUCUUAUAUUUGUUAUAUUUAUUAAAAUGUAACUUUAAAUCUCUUGCUUCUUCUAUUAAAAAAUUUG